ACAGUUUGUUCCUGUAGCAGCAAGCAGCACUGGAAACCAGUUUGAAGGAAGGAAAGGUGGCGGCGACUCUCCCUUCGUGGUCCAUGCUACAUGUUCGGUAUCUGAAAGUGUAAGGAAGACCACUUUCAGGAGAAAGUAAUAAUCCAGCCCUUCAGUUGUUCUUUUGAACCAAUGCAUGUAGCUGCUGGAUGGUAAAAAUGGAUUACAUCCCACCACGGGUCAAACUGAGCGAUGACACCUUUAUCUUCAUCGAUGGCAAGUGGGUGAACGAAACCUAUAUUCAGUCAGCACUCUCUUCCGCCACAGAAGCCCGACAGAAGCACUCAGGCAAGAAGAUGCACAAUGACUGGACCCUUUGGGAAGAGAACAAAGCCCUUUGGGAGGAAAACAAAGCUCUCCGAGUAGAAAACAGGGCUCUCCGGGAUGAGAAUAAGGCCCUGCAGUCCCUUCGGAUGGAGAACAAGGGGAUCCAGGUUAUUUAUGACGAGAGUCUCCAGCAAGUCCUCCAGAAAGAAAACCACCCUUUAGCAGCCCUUCCGAUCAUAGCGGGGCUCAAGGAUGGUAUGGGGGAGAAAGCCCUUCAGGUUUUUAGAGACGAGAAGAAAGCCCUCCAGAUCUUCCGGGAAAAGAAUAUGGCUCUGAAGGUCUUCCCGGACGAGAAGAAACCCGCCCCAUUCCUGCAGGAAAAGCAACCUGCUCAGUCAUCAGCAAAUGAAUUUACCCCAGCCCAGGAAACCAGUAAAAUUGUAGGUCAGGAAGCCAGUAACACGACUGCACCGGCCGAAGCAGCCGAAGCUGUCCAGGAAAGCCAAGGGGAGAGGAGAGUUUUGUCAGUUCAAGAAAGAAACAAAGCCUUAUUGCCAUUGAAGGAGAACGAGGCACUUGAAGUUGUCCAGAAACUGAACGAAACUGUUCUGUGGCUCCUAAGAGAGAACCAUGCACUACUGGAAGAAAAGCAGGACCUCCAGACCAUCCAAGGAGGGAACAAAAUGCUUUGGGAGGAGAACAAAAAACUGAAGCUCCAGCAAAAAGCCAUCAAAGUUGCGAUCAGCAAGAUCAUUGCUCAGAUGGAUCUUCUGCACGAGGAGCUGCACUCCUUUGAUCCCAUGGAGGAGUCCGAGACUGGAAUGAAGAAUCCCGAAAGUGCUUGAAAGUUGAGUUAGCUGCAGGGAGAGAUGUUAGGUGCAUAGCAGGCAGUUCACAUUUGUAAAAUUAUCUCUCUCCUGCGUCAUAAACCCGAAUAAAGUUCUGUUGUGGAUUCA